UACCGAGAGGAAGGGAUAAAGAAAGCCAUUUUCAGGCAUUUGGGCGGAGAAGAGUUCGGAGCAGCAUAAACGCUUGGUUAGAGAGUGCGAAUAAAAAGGAGAUUUCUCAACCACAUCAUCAUCAAUCAUCAUCUGUACUUACAUCCGGAAUUAUAUGCACAUUUUUUCUAUCCUCAAAUUCAGGUAUUUCUUACAAAUUACGAGAAAGUUGGUCACAAAAUAAAUAUCUUGCAACCACAAAAAAGAGGAUCAUAACACACAAAUAGAAUCAUAGCUUAUGAGUGACGUUGCAAUAGUAGUGUUUUUUAGUGGUUGCCAGUGUGUUGUUGGCACUUGGCAGUAGCAUUACGGGCAGCUGGUUUUUUACUUUGUAGUAAAUAGGUUGAAGAAGGCAAAUAUUCAAAAUAAUUAUUUAUUUAUUGUAAAUUAUACAUCGUUACAAAUAUUGCCACUCGUAUAUGAUCUUUUGAAAGUUUAAAGUUAUAACAUUAUAACAGCUCAUGUCCAGCUAAAUAAGUAUAAUUGGUGAUUAAAUAUUAUUUUUUGUUUUCAAUCAAUCGCUGUGGUGGUGGUGCAUAGAUACUAUAAAUUGUUCUUUAAUACCGUCGAGAAUAGGAAAUUUACACCGACAUGAGGCAUCAAAUUCCUCGCUUAAAUGCUGAUGCGUCUCAGAAUAAUAAUGGUUCAUCCUCGUCGUCGUCGUCAACUGCUACACCGCCGCCAGCAGGAACCAGCGGCAGCUCGGUAGAUGCUUCACUUCCGCCAGCCACCCCAGUUCGAGGAACCCCACCGGGAAAUACUCCCCACUCCGUAAUUCGCACCAUAAGACAAAUGACGAUGAUGGCAAACCCUUCAGAACGACGAAGAACAUCGUUUGUCUCGCCAAAUUCUGCUUCCGUUAACGCUCUCCUCGCCAACUUGGAAGCAGUGCAUCAAGCAGAGAUGCAAAGUUUAGAGAGUCCGGCCGUGAUUGUUAGAACAAUCACGGCCACAAUGGGGAACAUUAUCAAAGAGAUGAGAUCCGACGCAGAACAAGGCAAGGCAGGAGCAGUAGUUGAAGUCGCAAACUGCACGGAUGUAGCAGCACUCCGACAAAGACUGGUUACUGUUGAAAGGGCGAAUCACAUGAUGAGUAUUCAUUUGGACCUGAUGGAUUUGCAGAAGAAGUUAGAGGUUGCAGAACAGGAAAAGGUGGACGAGAAGAAAACAUUUGUUAUUGCGACAAGGGAAGAAUUGUACAAGGAAAUUGUAGAGUUAUUAGAAGCUGAAUUUAGCUGUAGCAUCUGCAACGAGAUCUUUAUCCUUCCUUCUGUCACCAAGUGUGGCCACACCUUCUGUGAACUCUGCAUAGCCACAUGGACACGGGAUAAAGUCGACUGUCCUAUAUGUCGUACCAUGAUUUUUACUGACUGGGGCAAGCACGUGGAGAUGGACAACUUCAUCACUAGGCUCCAUCUUCGAUUGUCGGAUGAAAUACGCGAAAGUCGAGAACGUCUGGUACAGGAGAGGGUCGUCGCGAUUGAGCAGUUGAGGAAUACACCGCGAAGAAAUGAAGGGGCCGCUUUCGUCGAUGCUCUUCGCUUUAUCCGCGACCAACAAGGGAGAACUACUCCUACUACGGCACGUGCAUUGGCCGAAAGAUUCAGAGCCAUGAGGCGUUCUGCGGCAGAUGCUAAUAUAGACGAGAGUGGCCAAGCGGCUAGGUCAUCAGUUUCAUCGGGGGAUGGACCAACUGCUCGAAUGAGGGCGCGUCUCAUGGAAGAACUUGAAAAUCUCAGACAUCAUCAGCAACAGAAUGUCGAUAGUUUGAAUUCUUUAUCACGACCUGGGGCAAGUAAUAGUAAUUCCUCGUCUUCGUCAUCUUCCGUGGCUAGGAUUCGAGUUCGACCUUCACCUGGAGUUUCAUUUACAUUAGUUGCACCCAGAUCCAUGCUGUCGCAACAGUCAUCAUCUACAGCGCCAUCAACACCUACCGUUUCUACAGCCAAUUCUUCAAUUAGGACCCCUGUUGACUCACGUGAAUCUCCCGCAUCUCCAUCUCCACCAACGGUUCCAUCAUGUGAUUCUCCAAGUCGUGAAGGCGCUGGUCGCGAUUGUCGAACACCUAGUGAAUCCAAUGCACCUAUCGGAACUACUGCCGAAGAUCAGCGCCGAGUACCACAUGGAUUACUUAUGGCUCGAUACUCUUUGCGACAUUUGCAAUAUCUUCAAUCUCAACAUGCACAACAAGCGGCUCGCUGUGGUCUGGAUCGUGCAGUGGUUCAAGCUCGUCCGUCAUCUGCACCUAGAGUCACCGAGUCUUCUUCACAAAUAUCAUCAGCUACUAACUCUGCUACCUCACCAUUGGAUGUUAAUGUUAAUAAUGCCACCAGGAAUGAAGUAAUUAAUAUAGAAGACGACGAUGAUGAAUCUCAUCCUUCAGCAGCAAAUGCUGUUCGCACUAUACGAUCAAUUUUCUCAAGUUUGGAUUCCCCUUCAACUUCUUCCCCAACUGCUACUGCUGCUGUUACCACUGAUCCUUUUUCAUCAAAUGUAGAACCUCAUGAUUCUACAACGACCAGAGACGCUACUACUACUUCUACUAGUAGUGGUAGUAGUUUGGCUUCAACUUCAUCACCUACUACGACGUUUCCAUACUCCAUGUGUAACUUCCGGCUUGCAUCAGGUGGUAAUCAAGGAAAUUCAAAUUUCCCAUUCCCACAUGAAACAUCUCGAUCAAUGUCUAGCAGAUUGACCGGGUUGGUUGGAAGCGAAACUAGCACAACUUUAUCAUCGAGUGGAAGACCAAUAAGUUCAACUAUCCAUACUACAGAUCUUGAUGGUGGGGACACCACUUCAAUUGUCACGACAGCGCCCAUAAGAAGUGCAAGCUCUGAUAUACUCCGUGCUUUUUCAGAUAAUUCAACAAUGCCUGCUGUAAGCAAUAACACUGGUACCACAAUUCCUGUCGCUGGUUCCAGUUCUACUCUAGGUACGAGUCCUGCUGAAGAUGAUCCCACUGAUUUGCCAGUACUUUCAAGAUCUACACAUCCUACCGACGCAGACCUUGAUUCUCUCCAAAGGCGAUUGAGAUUGGGCCAGCUAUCACUUCAUGAUAUAAUAAGUUUCCGUCAACGGUUUGAAAAUGUGAUUGACGGUUCAUCUAUACUACCACAUCACCCCGAAGACGAUUUACUUCCUGAUGUUGAUAUGGACAUUAAUGAGCCGUUGUCGGUUAUAUUUCCACCACCAGGACAACGAGGAGGGACGGAUGACCAACAGAUUAUUGGCAACAAUGGAAUCUCAACAAUUGAAGAUGGUAGUAGUAGCUUGGAUGGUGGUAGUCAUUCGUUAUCUCCGAUAGCUUUGGCUUUACGUCCCCGAAGUCGUCGAGGAAUACGAAGUGAAGAACGACCACGUUUGUUGCAUCAUUUGCGUGAAUCACGACGACGACGACGUGAAAGAAGUCAUCGAGAUGAGAAUAGCAGCCGGAGUAGGGAGCGACGUGGUAGAGAAACUACAAUAACCAUUAGUUUUUGCAAUAGAGGAGAUGAAGAUAGAAGUAGCAACAAUAAUAAUAAUAAUAAUAAUAACUCCAACGCUGCCACAAGUGAUGCCUCAAAUAGUUUAAAUUCUACUGGGAGUCGCUCUCAAUUAUCCCCAACUACUACAGCCCAGCCGCUAGCUGCAAGACCCUCAACAUCUAUUUCUAAUUUGGAAGCUUCAAGUAUUCCUAUCCCACUGGUAAUGGACUGCGACUCUGACACCACCUCGCCUGGACCUUCGUCAUCGACCAGAGGAAUGAUUGAUCGAAAUGAAAACAUCGAUUCUGGUCUGACCAAUGUGGGCCAAGGGACAUCUGCUGCUUCUGACAGACCGGGUCUCAAUACUGAGGAUAUUGAAAUUCUGUUUUCCGAUAUAGAAGAUGCCUGAUUUAGUCAGUUUUUGUACUACUGAAUGGACUACCGUAUUAUGACUUUUGCCUUUAAUUGUUGAUCAUACAGUCAUCAUAAUAUCUUGAAUUUUGUAUAGAAAAAUAUUGGAUUUUAUUUUUACAGGUGCUAAGUCAUUUCAAAUUUUUCCAUAUAUAGUAGUUAUUUAAAUAUAGAAUUUAAACGUGUUUAAUUCAUUAUUUAAUUUUCGUAGUAAUCCAGAAAAAUACUUUAUAAUAGUUUAUAAAGUAAAUUAAUAUGAAUGUAAUAAAUCUGUUUCAAGUAUCCAA